ACAGAAACAUUGAGAUCUCGCAAUGACGGCUAAAGCAAGAAACCCGAGAAAGACCCGAAACCCAGAUUUGGUUCGUGGGGUGGGUAGGUUUUUGAGGCCCAAGACGUACCACAAGUGUGAUCUUUGGGCUAUCAAGGUAAAAAAUGGCGGUGUUUUUCAAAGCCCUGACUCGAAGCCGGUGGUUGAGACCGCAUCUGAGAAAGCCCCAAAGUUCUACCCCGGCGAUGACAUCAAGAAGCCACUCGUCAACAAUCACAAGCCAAAACCCACCAAACUCAGGAUGAGUAUUACACCGGGGACGUUGUUGAUUAUAUUGGCUGGGAGGUUUAAGGGCAAGAGAGUUGUUUUUCUUAAGUAGCUUCCAUCUGGGUUGUUUCUUG